GGAGGGUGAGUGCAUGCCUGUGUGUGUACAGGGAGAGAGAAAGUGUGUGUGGAGGCGAUGCGAAGACCGCGCUGUGGAGUUGUAUUGCCAUUACGCACGGUUACGCACUGACACCUACUUCCAAGGAGAAGAGCGCACGGCGUGGAGGAGCGCGUGUUUGGAUUCCUCUCGCACUCAGAGGCUCGAGGAAAAGAUUAGCUCCGCUGUUUACAGGAAGAAGAAAGACAUUUUCACUCAGAACAGCUUGAUCUUCAGAGCAGAGCAGAGUCAGCUGCCAUCCACCCGCACAGGAAUGGUGGAUCACUUGCCGCUUGGUGAGGAGACCUUCCUGUACUACACCGGAUCCCCGGGGUCUGACUACAGCUGCCUGUGUCGCCACGGUAAUGGUGGUGUGUCGCCGGACAUUAUGGUAACCGACGCCUGUGCCUACCACCACCACCACCCCUACCAAGGACUGCUUUCCUCCUCACCGGGCCUCUCUGAGGAUGACCUCAGUGACUCCUCCAGCCCUCGUUCCUCCCUCUGCUCCAGUCCAGAGUCCUCGUCGCCGAUGUCUCGGCACGUCCUGGGUUCCAGCUAUGAAAGCAGGAGCAGCCGGAGCAGCGGGAGCUGCAGCUCCUUAGGAGGAGACAGUCAAGACAGCUUGUUGGACCUCCUGCUCUCACAGGCUUCCCUCGCCACCUCCUCGAGCUCUCAGCCUAAUGGCAUGCUCGCGUCUCCUUUGUCAUCCUCAGUUGUCCUCCCAUCCCCAUCCUCCCCUGCAUCCUCAUCUCCUACAGCCCCCUUUUUACCCAUGGGCCUGGCUUGGGAGUCCAAAAGGGACCAGCGGUUGAGUUUCCUUCAGCAGCAGGCCCGAGAGGACUGUUACGAAUUCCCCGUCUUCCUGGAUGAGCUGCAGGAUCCUGCAGCCAUCCUCUUUCAGCCCACUCUGGAGGAGAUCGAGGAGUUCUUGGAGGAGAACAUGGUGGUCGCGAUGGAAAAUGCUGAGGAAGGGAGCGAGGAGGCGAUGUCGCCAGUGUCCGAGGAGGCUGAGAUGGAAAGUUCAAGGAUAUUUGCUGGAGAACUUGUAUCGGCGUCACAGCAUUCAGAUCAGACUGUGCCUGUGGCUCGCUCUCCGCUUUCCUCCUACACAGAGACCAAACACACACCACGCUCAUCCAGCGUGGACGACUCGCCCUCGACAGUGGACGUUAGCUCGAUAGCUAGCUCUGCUGGCAGUUGUGUUGAUGGGAUCAAACAGGAGGACUGUGGAGCAUCACCAGCCUCAUCAGAAAACACCAGCACUGCCUCCGGUGUGCCUGUCAUCCUCCAAAUCCAGCCCAUACAGAUCAAACAAGAGCCAAACCCCAGUGCCAUUUCAGAUGCUGCCAACCAGCAACCCCAGAAAAGCCAGUCCCAGCCGGCGCAGGCCGCCUCAGACAUCAAAAUCGCACAGCUGCUGGUCAACAUUCAGGGGCAGACCUUCGCCUUGGUGCCUCAGCUGCUUUCCCCGGCGAACAUCGCCAGCUCAAGCAAAACCGGAAGCCCUACGUCCUCGAAGUUUGUGCGAAUCGCACCAGUGCCCAUCGCGGCUAAACCCACCGGGCUUGGGGACGGCGGGCUGGGUGGCGGUUCGGCUGCGGGAGGCCUUGCUGCGGGUCAGAGGUACCAGAAGAGUGCGGUAGCAGAUCUGAUUAAAAUGCACAAGUGCUCUUUUCCCGGCUGUAAUAAGAUGUACACGAAGAGCAGCCACCUUAAGGCCCAUCUGAGGAGGCACACGGGGGAGAAGCCGUUCGCCUGCACGUGGCCCGGCUGUGGAUGGAGGUUCUCCAGAUCGGACGAGCUGUCCCGACACCGCCGCUCCCACUCCGGAGUGAAGCCGUACCAGUGCAUCGUCUGCGAGAAGAAGUUCGCCCGCAGCGAUCACCUGUCGAAACACCUCAAAGUCCACCGCUUUCCGCGAAGCAGCAGGACAGGACGCUCCGCAAACGGACCCCUCUGACCCCGCCGUGGCAGGCCGGCGCUGAAGUGGAGGGGUAUGGAGGGAGGGAGGGGGAGGACGCCGCGGCGGCGGAUGGACGUAAAUGUAUAUGACGACCGAGGAGAGGAGGGAGGGGGAGCGGAGAGGGUCCAGGCGCCCUUUUAAAGGAGAGCUCCUUCAUGCUCAGAUGCGUGACGCACACUCGUGGUACUGUGAUAAUUUAUUGGGUGACGAGGAAAAGACUGUAAAAGCUAAACUGAAACAGAAAACUGUUACUUGACACAGCACCCUCACAGGUGGAAUAAGCUUCUCGUACGCUAUGGCUGUAUUCUAAAGUCUGUCGACGGAUGUAAUUUGAAGGCAGAUUUGCUUUUGUCGUCAAUAUUUCAGUGAAAAAGCCUUAAAACCGAUGAAGGUUCGAACACUGGGGGUUCGCUCCUGUUUAAAAUCUCCUUUCCUUUCAAUGUUCCUCGAGCCGAAUGUUUCAAAUUAUCAGCAAGCAUUGUUCUACGGCUUGAAUUUAAUUUGCCGGCCCAGAAAAAGAGGGUACACUCACACUAUUAGGGAGCAAUGGGGGCGAUCGGAUUGGUUUGAUUUCUCUUCAUAGAUGGCAGAGGAAGAAAAAAA